AUAUUUACGCACAUGCCAUCCAGUCAUCAAGACAAACAGUGUGUGGAUCGAGGGCCCGCGAUGUGAGUGGUUGGGUUCUUUGUGGGGGACUCUGAGCACAGUGUCAAGUAGACAUCAGAUAGGAACGCGAUCGUGACAUGCGGCCACCAGAGGUUUUUUGGCACUAGCCUGUGCGUUCUACCCUGGGAGUGUUGGCGUCCGGCGCAGCCACACAUUGCCGAAGGAACCCGCAUACUCCACAUUGGCCCCGUUUACGUUUCUCUGAAGCAACGAGUAAGAAAAAUGGCAUCUUCACGACAUAGUCAAGGCCCCAGCACCGGAAGGGAAACAAACGUUGACACGGCAACUAGAAAAAGAGAAGGAGUCAAGUUCGUUCUUCAUACAGGCGCUGUAAACGCCUCCGAAGUUGUGAUUUGCUUCAGGUGGGAAAAGGAAAAAUUAAAGAAAAACGGAUCCCAAAAUCUAUGGUCGUGCGAAAUAUUUCCACCGUUGGAUCAAAGCUAUUAUUUUCAAUACUGCUGCAAUCCCACCAACACGUCAGCUUCGGAAAGAACACAGUUUUUCAAACAGUCACCUUCUUGGCCUCGUCAUGUCCACCGAAAUGUUGUAUCAGAAAACCUUCCUACUACUUACUUUGGGGGAAUGGUAUUUCACCUCCAAGACUUGUAUGCUGGUAUCAGGAGUAACAACUUUGAAAUAAAGAUAGUCGAACUAAAACAGUUGCUCUCCCCAAGUGGUGGAACAAAAUGUGACCUUCGGGAAUACCUUCCUCCGAACAAAGACGAUUUGAAAAGGAACUCUUUGUUCUUAUGGGUUGUACAAUCGCUUUCUUCUGCAACAUCUACAAGUCAAUUGGCAUUUCUGUCUGUUCUCGUCGCCAAUGUGAGCUACCACAAGCGUGACUCGGGUGUAGAUAUCAUCAGUAUAUUUGACGAUGCUGGACUUCGCAAACUUAUCAGCAAUCUUCACAAAGCUCCCCGGAGUGUUAUUUUUGAUUACAGUACUGAGCACAAGUUGAAAAUUCUCGUGCCAAAGGUACUUAAAGAACUCGGUGAACACCAUUGGCUCUAUGUUCUGCUCUACUGUUAUCCUCUCUUCGACACGUAUGAAAUAUUGGAUUACACAUCAAAAUCUAGGGAUGAUCCACCCUCAAGCGAGUGUAUUACGGGCACCAUUCUCCCUCGUUUGAAAGAAGAUACUACCGUUCGCCAGAACAGGCAGCUCUUUGAAAAGACUACAGACCUACUGGAACGACAACAAAAACAUCAAUGCAGCGGUGAAAGAGAAAAACACGAAGGUGCAGUAACUGGUGCUUCGAAGGUACUUAAAGACGAGCCCUUGGAAGGAGAUACUCUAACCACUUCUACUGAAGAGUCAGAGGAGGCUCGCGUGUUAACUGACUCACAGACAACUCCACAAGUAGCGCAUACCGAACAGCCAAUGUUGCAAGAUGUUGUAAAACACCCAAAUGCUGCGAUGGUGGGAGAAAGGAACACAUCUGCUGAUUCAUACAGGUCGAGUUUAUUGGAUACUCCUGAAAAAACGUCACUAGUGACAGAUGACAUUCUUUCAACCCCUGAUGCUGCUUCGCAGUGGACUUCCUACCAGUUUCAUGUUCUGCUUGAAGCCGAACAAGCUUCAGGGGUCCUCCUUUACCUUUACGAAGAUCAGGGCCAAAAGACGCACAGAAUGGUUAUCCCUAUGGCUUUUAAAAACGUUAGUACUAAGUUCUCCAACACAAGUUGGAAGAGGGCUUAUUCGGAAGUUAAACUGGUGACCGGACACAAAUACAGGUACAAAUAUGCUUACAAGUACAAUGGAGGAUUACGAAACUUCUACAAGCAAGUCGAAAACACAGAGCAGGACGAAAGACCAGUAAAGUCGAUGGUGCACGAGGAUGUCUUUGUUGACACAUCAUCAUCCCUUGAAAAGGUACUCAUGGGUCGAGUCCUGCAUGAAGUGGGUCGAUGCAAUGCAGUGAAAGCAAACAACCUAUCACAGUCACUUGACAGCAACCAUGCCAGUGAGAUACGUAUAUUAAAAGCCAACAUCGAAGAUCAGAAAGUUAUAAAAUCUGUGCAGAUUCAUAUAACGGAGCUUAUCAAGAGUAAACAUUCAUCAGAUGCCCAGGUGAUCUUCCUUGCACGCCUGCUGGGCAAUUGCUCCACAAAGGCAGCAUUGCCUAGUUUGAAGAAAGUUGGAGGUACAAUUUUGCAGGCCUUAGUAAACUGCAAAGAGAUCAUCGAUCCUUUUCUAGACCAGACAAAAAACAAAGAUAUGGUGUGUGAUCUGGUCGACAUAGUCGUACACUCAUUGCGGACAGUUCAAGGGAGUUGGCUGCAGUUAGUCCAGUACACUUAUCCUGGACUACUGAAUGCUGGAGAUCUGUGCAGGUUGCAACAAAAUUGGAAGAGUGACACCUCAGUAUCUGGCGCUCAAUUAAAACCAGUUCCUUAUGAAGACCUCCUGUCAUUUUGCUGCAAGAACUGUGUUUCUGACGACGAUGCGAGGCUUCUCCGUCUUGUGUUUGAGAGCAACGUUCCUGUGAAGGUGCUGCUGCAAGUGUUGGAACGACACGGUCAAUCUCCCGUCUUCAGAGACAAUGAUGUAUACAAAAGCUGGGUGAAACAUACGAUCCAAAAGCAGAUGCAGACGCUGACAAAGGAAAAUGUUGAGGGGCUUCAUGACGUAUGGAAAAUGGUCUAUGAAAUGAAAACUCUCGCCUUAGAGCUGCUGACAAGAGAGGUUGUCCUUGAGGCCCUGACCCACUGCGACGAGUGGUCAAGUAACACAGCAAAGAACUGGUUUUCGGAUGAGACAUUUUGGAUGACAUCUGCAGAUGUCAACCUUUGCAGCAACUUCCGUGCUGUCCUUAAAAAGAUGUUGACACAGAAGAAUCAACAGGCCGGUAUCGACUCCUUCCUUACUGUUGUAAGCAAGACGUGGGUCACCAAAUGGUUAAGCCCUGAAGAGCUGGAGAAGUUAACUGAAGUGGGCUUUCUAUCACAGCUUCAACUAGAGGUGCAGCCUUCGUAUCUCUUACCCAAAAUGUACCUCUUCCUGAGCACGAUACACACAACCAAGUGGCUCGAAGACCUACCAAAUCUGAUAAAAACAAUGGACAACCGGGCAAAGAACUUUAUCAGCGAAAAGAACCAACUCAACACACUGCUACAAAAAGUUUUCACGAACUCACUCAAUGACACAAGCGAAAUUCGCUCCCAGAAAGAAAUAGAAAUUGUGACAAUGCAUGCAAUCUGGAUGAUCCAAAAAAGACAGAUUACACCUUACAGUGCUUGCAGGCUGCUGUCACCGUAUGCACCUAAUGGUCAACUAGGCGUUCAUUCAAAACCCGCUGCAGACGUCACUUCAACCAUCAUCGAAGUAGUAUCAGAUCAACGUGAUAUCUUCAAAAUUCUUGAAGACUUCAGUUUUUGGGAGCUCAUUUUCCAGGCAAGAGGUGAAUCUGCUUCAGAAAUAUGGGGCCAAGAGAGGAGUAAGGCCGUUAUCCAGUUACUGCAGUCCGUCCAGCAGUCCUUCGUGAAAAUGUCCGUCUCAGUCAGGUUUAUCCACAAACUGGUAAAAACAAAAAAGCUUGAUGAAUUGCGUCUGUUGUGCCAAAUGGUAACUUCCCACUCAAAAGAAGUAUUUGCCAUAAACGAAAAACCAUUCCAAGAAGCUGUGGGCGUAAUCGAAAGGCAUGGGUAUCUGUUGGAUAAGUGUGAAGACUUUUUGACAUUUUAUGAGGGGUUUGCAAUGAAUACUUGUCAGAAUGACUUGGAAGCAAUGAGGGAAGAAGUUCAUCUUCGACGGCAGGAUAUUCAUGUUGAUAGUAAUGUUGAUUUGAAGAGCCUUGUUAUUGCACAUUACUGGGGCGUUUUGCAUACAGUAAUUGAAAUAGCAGAAGUAGUUUCAGAUAUAGCCAAGUCAAAGGUCUUCUUCAACCUGUGUCUUUGUGUAGUAGAGGAAGAAAGCUAUGAUAUGGAGGAAGAGCAGCCUUUACAAGUAAUUUCAUUCGCUGAACUGGUUUCGAAGAAGUGCUUGCCAAAGUUCAGAAGCCUGUGCACAGAUAUUGCCCAGGGGUGUGAAGGAGUAAGAGCUGGUGAUAUAAAACUUGCAUUAAAUGGGGUCUUGGAACAUGAGCUCUCUGUCGAGUUGGACAUCAUGUCGCGGUUCAGUGAUGAAACCAUCACUGAUCAAGCGAAGGUGCUCCUGAAGAGUUGGGUCAAGCUGGAGCUCAUUCGACAGUAUGCGAAACAGCUACGGUGUCUGUUUCAAACAUUUGAGGUGCCCUGUCAUACUAGUUGCCAGCUAAUUCAGGAUGUUGACAUGCUACUCAACAUUUUUGAGUCCGUGAAUUCCACCGAACCAUUACAGCAGGUACAUCUUGCUGUAAAGAGAAUUGAGGAUGUAGAUCAGAAGUUCACCGACGAAGACUGGAGGGCAAUAGACGAGUUGAUCAAUUUUGAGGAAUUAAUUCAGUUUCUGAAGCCAAUCAUUGAUGACGAUCUCCGCAACCUUACUGAUGCAGUUGAGGAGAGGUCGGAUUCUUUCGUUAAUGAAUCAACAGUAUCAGAUCUUAUAGAAGUUCAGCGAUAUAUGGGGUCUUUCCUGAGAGUUGGGGUUCUCGACACACCAGAAAAUCUCAUUAAUGCCAUAGCUGAAAGCAGAGACCUUGGCAUAAAGAAUAUUUCGGACAAGAUCAAGACCUGCAAUGAUCACUUUCAUGCUCUGAAGAAUCUGUACAACAACAUUGCUCAAAGAGGAGAAAUGACCAAGAAAAUCAUCCACAGAUGCUAUUGAUGGGGGAGCUU